UUCCAACGACCGCUGUUUCAUGCCGGAGGGUUAAUGUCGUUGCGCUGUUCUUCACUACUAAAGGUCCGGCUUCCGUUUAAACUAAGAUAUCGGCUGAUAUGAGCAGAUGCGAGAUGCAGGAUGGCGCCGUCCUGAGAUCCAAACUCAGCAGGGUAUGAACAGCUGAGUCUCAAACAUGUCAUCGAGGUUUGUUGCUGCUACCUGCUACUCCUUGAAGUGGACUUUUCCUCGCUGGAAAGCCACUCUUUACAGAACUUGUCACCCAUCGGAGCCAGAGCAAUGGCUACUGGAGACUGUGGUUCAACGAAGGGCUCAUAGAUGGACUGCAGCCUUGUCAUCAAGGGCAAACCUGAAGCCAGUGUUUGCCAAAGCUCCAGCAUUUGGAGAUAAGCCUGCUAUUGUAGACAGUAGUGGCAGCCACAGCUACAAGCAGGUGUAUUGCAGCAGCUUAAGCCUUGCAGCAAGAAUCAGUACAGCACUCAACUCUAACUUUGGGGGUCUGGAAGGAAAACGAAUCUCCUUCCUGUGUGCUAAUGAUGCAUCCUAUACAGUGGCACAGUGGGCGACAUGGAUGAGCGGUGGUACGGCAGUGCCACUGUACCGAAGACACCCUCAGUCUGAACUGGAGUACCUAAUCUCAGACUCCCAGAGUUCACUGCUGGUGGCAGGGUAUCCCUAUGCUGAAACCCUUGAGCCGCUGGCACAGAGGCUUGGGCUGCCAUGCCUGGUAUUGCCCCCUACUUCUGACCUGUGCACUUUAGAUGGGGCAGAUGUUCAUGAGAAGGACAUGGCCAUAACUGACUGGGCUGAUCGACCAGCUAUGAUCAUCUACACCAGUGGUACCACAGGGAGACCCAAGGGAGUUCUGCAUACACACAGCAGCAUCCUAGCCAUGGUCCAAUGUCUGGUUUCAGAGUGGGCAUGGUCCAGAGAUGAUGUCAUCCUCCACACCUUGCCUCUCCACCACUUCCAUGGCAUUGUUAACAAGCUGCUGUGUCCCCUCUGGGUGGGCGCCACCUGCAUCAUGCUGCCUGAAUUCCAACCUCAGAAGGUUUGGGAGGCACUGUUGCGCUCCAAGGCUCCCAUGGUUAAUGUGUUUAUGGCUGUGCCAACUAUCUACUCUAAGCUGAUCCAGUACUACGACCAGCACUUCAUACAGCCUCAUGUCAGGGACUUCGUCAAAGCGACCUGCAAAGACAGAAUCAGGUUAAUGGUUUCGGGCUCGGCUGCUCUACCUCUUCCAACUCUGCAGCGCUGGGAGGAGAUUACAGGACACACACUGCUGGAACGCUACGGCAUGACUGAGAUCGGAAUGGCACUAUUGAACCCUCUCAAGGGUCCACGCAUCCCAGGAGCCGUAGGGUUGCCACUUCCCGGUAUGGAAGUCCGGAUUGUCAUGAAUAACACAUCCAACACCACGAUUGUGGAGGGCAAUCACAGAGAGACUCGGGUGCAGCCAGGUCUAGAGGGGAGAGAGGGGGAGCUCUUGGUUCGAGGUCCAUCUGUCUUUAAGGAGUACUGGAACAAGCCUCAGGAGACCCGAGAGUGUUUCACUGAUGAUGGCUGGUUCAAAACAGGAGACACAGUGGUCUAUAAAGAUGGUGUUUAUUGGAUCAUGGGCCGCAGCAGUGUUGACAUCAUCAAGACUGGUGGCUACAAGAUCAGUGCACUCGAGGUGGAGCGUCACCUCCUGGCUCAUCCAGACAUCAUAGAUGUGGCUGUGAUUGGGGCCCCAGAUGCCACUUGGGGACAGAAAGCCACUGCAGUGGUGCAGCUAAAGAAGGGGCAGAGUAUGACCUUGCCAGAGCUGAAAGCCUGGGCAAGGGAGCACAUGGCACCCUACGCCAUCCCCACAGGCCUGGUGCUGGUGGAGGAGAUGCCAAGGAAUCAGAUGGGCAAAGUCAACAAGAAAGACCUCCUGCAACACUUUUUCCCACGACUGGACCACUUGAAUAUGUAAAACAACAUACAGGUUCCUGGUAAAGGACUGCAGGUGUACAUGGGAAAACAUUUCGAUUUCUUUUUAUGAAGUUCACUGCACUGUGGCACAGUGGGUGUAGUUUGUGCAUUCUUCUAUAAUUGCAAAAUAUAGUGCACUGUAAUGAUUAACAGUACAUAGACUUUUCAAUCUGCCCUAAUGAGAUGAGAAAAGCUGGUUUAGUCUGCGUUGAUCAGAGAAUACAGAACAAUAGGCUUGUUGAUAGAGAAUCAGGAAUUUUAGUUAUGCCCCAUCAAACAAAAUACUAAAAAUUCUGCUGGUAUAUAAUAGGAGACUUGAUGAAUUUGAAAUGUUAUCAGUGAGAAACCGUAUAAAUUUGUACACGCUGAUGCCCUUGAAAUAAUGUUU